AAUUAAACAACGAUUGGAGAGAGAGGGGCAAGAUGACUUGUAGAAGAAAGUGGGUAGAAUGAAUUUGAAGUCGAAAAUUUUGCAAGUAUUGGGAGAAUUCGUGGUUUGAUUUGAGCUAGUGGGACUUGGAUUGCAUUUGAGAAAGGAUUUUCAAAUUUUUUUGGUCGAGAUGGGUUUUGUCAGUAUGAUAAUGGGGUUUUGUGGAUUUGGAGUAGGGAUUUCUUCUGGAUUGGUUGCUGGAUAUUUCUUAUUCAUCUACUUUCAGCCUUCCGAUGUUAAGAAUCCUACAAUCCGCCCUUUGGUUGAGCAAGACUCUAAAACUCUGCAACAGUUAUUACCUGAAAUACCCUUCUGGGUGAAAAAUCCAGACUAUGAUCGUGUUGACUGGCUUAACAAGUUUCUUGAAGUUAUGUGGCCUUACCUGGACAAGGCAAUUUGCAAGACAGCCAAAAAUAUUGCUACUCCAAUUAUUUCUGAACAAAUUCCAAAAUAUAAAAUUGAGUCCCUUGAAUUCGAAGCACUAACUCUGGGAGCUCUACCACCUACUUUUCAAGGGAUGAAAGUCUAUCUUACUGAAGAAAAGGAGUUGAUUAUGGAGCCUGCUUUGAAAUGGGCAGGAAAUCCUAAUGUCACUGUUGCAGUGAAAGCCUAUGGACUAAAAGCAACAGUUCAGGUUGUUGAUUUGCAAGUGUUUGCUCUGCCCCGCAUUACACUUAAGCCUCUUGUUCCUAGCUUUCCAUGUUUCGCAAACAUCUUUGUGUCUCUUAUGGAGAAGCCUCAUGUUGACUUUGGACUUAAGCUUGGUGGGGCUGAUCUCAUGUCAAUUCCUGGCCUAUAUGGGUUUGUACAGGAAACUAUUAAAGAUCAAGUUGCUAACAUGUAUCUGUGGCCUAAAACCCUUGAAGUGCAAGUUUUGGAUCCGACAAAAGCUAUGAAGAAGCCUGUUGGGAUUCUUCAUGCGAAGGUUGUGCGGGCACUAAAGCUGAAGAAGAAAGAUCUACUAGGGGCAUCCGAUCCUUAUGUUAAACUGAAGCUCACUGAAACAAAGGCUCCAUCCAAGAAGACCACAGUGAAACAUAAGAAUUUGAAUCCUGAGUGGAAUGAAGAAUUCAGCAUGGUAGUAAAAGAUCCUGAAACACAAGCAUUGGAACUUCUUGUUUAUGACUGGGAGCAGGUGGGCAAACAUGAAAAGAUGGGUAUGAAUGUAGUUCCAUUGAAGGACCUCCCCCCGGAUGAAUCAAAAACUUUGACGCUGCCUCUGCUUAAGAAUAUGGACCCAAAUGAUGUUCAAAAUGAUAAGGUGCGUGGUCAGAUUGAGGUCGAGUUGACAUACAAACCUUUUAAGGAUGAGGAUUUGCCAAAAGAUUUUGAGGAAACUGGUGAAGUACAAAAGGCUCCUGAGGGCACACCACCGGGUGGAGGUGCACUAGUGGUUACAGUCCAUGAAGCUCAAGAUGUUGAGGGAAAGCACCACACUAACCCAUAUGUCCGCAUCAUUUGCAAAGGAGAGGAGCGAAAAACUAAGCAAGUUAAGAAGAACCGGGAUCCUAGGUGGGAUGAGGUUUUCACAUUCAUGAUGGAAGAACCACCUUUGAAGGAUAAGCUCCAUGUGGAAGUACUCAGCACAUCAACCAGGAUCGGCCUGCUGCACCCAAAGGAAACAUUAGGUUAUGUUGAUAUCAGCCUAGCAGAUGUUGUCAGCAACAAAAGGAUCAAUGAGAAGUUCCAUCUCAUCGACUCGAAGAAUGGGCGGAUACAAAUUGAGCUGCAGUGGCAAACAUCUUGACUUGAGGUUAGCCACUCUUGAGAUAAUGGAGUUAUGAGCAUGUAAUGGCACAGGUGUUUUCGAGCUUGGUUUUGACAAAAACAGCUAUAUUAUAUUUCUGUAUGUGCUGGUUGUGUAUAUCGACAUAUUUGGAUCCUUGCAUAUUGUUGAUUUCUCUCUUUAUGAAUUUCAUUUUGACACACUUGAACUUCAUUGCUGUAAAAGUUCACUGAUGAAAUGCCCCGGAAUGUCUACCUGUGUGUGUUGGGAAUGAUUUUAAGUUUUAAAGUUACCCACAUUUGGACCUCA